CUCCGCUGCUGUUCCCUCCUGCGUCAUGGACAUCGCCAUCCACCACCCCUGGUUCCGCCGGACCAUGGGCUUCCCUUCGCUUUUCCCGCCUCGCCUUUUCGACCAGAGGUUCGGAGAGGGGCUGCUGGAGUCCGACCUGAUGUCGGCCACCCUCUGCCCGUAUUACAUGCGCUUUCCAAGCGUGCCAGUGCCGACCGUGCCGGACACGGGGCUCUCGGAGAUGAAGCUGGACAAGGAUAAGUUCUCUGUCUUGCUGGAUGUCAAGCAUUUUUCACCAGAGGAGAUAAACGUGAAGGUGGUAGGCGACUACAUUGAAGUACACGCCAAGCAUGAGGAACGUCCGGAUGAACACGGCUAUAUCUCCCGUGAAUUCCACCGUCGCUACAUGGUCCCCAAGGGGGUUGAUCCAGGAGCUCUCACCUCUGCCUUGUCUCCAGAUGGGGUGCUCUCCAUCACUGCCCCCACUAAAACCCCCGCACUGGAACGGAGCAUUCCCAUCACGCGCCAAGAGAAGCCAGCUGUCACUGGAAAAUAAGAGGGAAACCUCCUGGCCCAGCAUCCUUUAUGUGUCCCCCCCCUCCCCUUAGAUAACAGCAUUGUGAGCUUGGGCUCCCCUUGCUUGUAGGUACAAGGUUGUUCACUCUUAAGCCUUUAAGGAAGUGACAUUCCUUUCCUACCCUCCUAAUUCAUACUGGGAUGCUGACAGCAAAGACUGUGUUGUCUUAACAUUUCAGUCCAUAUCCUGGAGAAGACAGGGCCAUUUUCUUCCUCUGGCUAGGAGUAUCCUUUCCUUUGCAGGCUUACUUUAUACCACUCUUCACGUUGAACUUAUUUCCUUGUAUAAAUACACAUUUGCAAUAAAGUGCUUUUUUGCUUAAAAGCUA